GCCACAACCAAGUUUCGAUUUUUCUUUAAAAUUGACGUGUCCUUUUCCCUACAUAUGUUAGGUUAGAUUACGUGUAUGUGUAAAAUAAAAAGAUGCAUUCCGUACUGCAAAGAGGAAAUGCAAUUUUAGCUUAUGCCCUAAGCGUUCUAGCAUGUUUGACUUUCGCCUGUUUUAUUUCAACGGUAUUUCUAGAUUACCGCACAAAUGCUGGAAUGAAUACUGUGAAAGUAGUGGUGAAAAACGUACCCGAUUAUAGUGCCGCUAGAGAGAAAAACGAUUUGGGUUUCCUUACUUUCGACCUACAAACUAACUUAACGGGGCUUUUCAACUGGAAUGUGAAGCAACUUUUCUUGUACCUGACAGCUGAAUAUGAAACUGCCAAUAAUAAACUUAACCAGAUAGUCCUUUGGGACAAAAUUAUCCUCCGUGGUGAAACUGCUGUGCUUGACUUUAAGAACAUGAACACGAAAUAUUAUUUCUGGGAUGAUGGUGAUGGUCUGAGGGGUAAUAAAAAUAUUACUUUGACAUUGUCUUGGAAUAUAAUUCCAAACGCUGGAUUACUGCCAAACGUGUUUGCUCAUGGACAGCAUUCAUUUAAAUUUCCAGAUGAAUACACCACCUCUAGAAUGUAAUUUAUUUGUAAUAUUACAAUUAUUUUGUUGUGUUUUGUGGGGUUACAUUUUUUAAAUAAAGUCUUCUACAGAA